AUGUAAUUCAGUUACAUAUUUAUAAUAGAAUUGGAAAAAGAAAAGGCAGAUCUAGAAAUGAGACAUAAGGAUGAGUUGUAGAGAAUCAAUGAAGAAUUGAAAAAGUUGAGUUCAUUUAAGGAAGAAAAAGAAUAUAUGAUUAGAGAAAUCCAUGAUUUGAAGGAGGAGAUGAAUAAAAAAGAUUAUGCGCAUUUAGAUGAACAAAGCAAAGCCAACAAAAACUUCCUAAAAUAAACUUAGAAUCUAACAAAUGUCAAUAAUGCUAAGAUUGAAGAUGUGCAAAGGAAUGCCAAUAAAUUAGCAGAAGAAAAAGUAGCUGCUAAGUAUGAUGGCAUACUAAAAGAAAAUGAAAAGAUUAAAAGCGAAUUACAAGAAUAUGAAAGAACUCUAUCUAUAUACCAAAAGGAAAAAGAAACGUUUUAAUAAGAAAAUAUCAAUUACAAAUUAAAUUUAAGUAUUAAAGAAGAAUAAGCUAAAGAAUAUUAAAUGUUAAAUCAUUAAUAAAUUAUUAAGAUUAAAUAGUUGAAGGAGAAGAUAGAGUAUCUUAAGACAUACAUCGCAAAUGUAAAUACUUAUUUGAAAAUUUCUUAGGAAGUGACUAAAUAAACAAAAGAAAUUGAAAUUAUGAAACACUAAAGCAAUACCAAAGUCUAAGAGUUGGAAAUGCAACUGCGUAAUUUGAGACAUUUGCUCGAUCAAAGAACAAAGGAAUUGAAAACAGUUAAGGCUUUGGGUUAAAUGAUUCUAGAUUAACGAUCUGAUAUUGAGUAAUUUUUCCUUUAAGCCAUCGAUUAAGUGAAAAAUGAAAUAAACAAGAAAAAUAAAAAUUAGAAAAAUAGUCGUUUGCCAGAAAUAUCAUAAAAAUCUUAAAGUCUCGAAUCUAAUAAGGUUGAUAUAAAUGAUUUGGAUUUAGAAGAAAAAGAAAAGCUAUUGAGAAUAUUGUUCUCUAAAAUGAAUCAAGGAGUGCCACCUACAAAUUGGAAAUCACAACUUGGUCAUAGCAAAUCCUAAGUUGAUGGAAGUUCAUUUAGGGAUAAUCAAUUUUAAUGA